GUUACGUAAUACCUAAAGAGGAUUGCAGUUCUCGUUGGGUUCACCUGUUCUCGCGGUGUUUGGCGAAUGGAAGUGUCAGAGUGUCAACAACGGGCAGACAGCAGUAGUAGUAGCAGCAGCAGCGGCACUGUCCGGAGCUGGGAGGUGGGAGUGAACACGCUGUCCUCACGGCGGAUAUUGUGUCUGAAAUGGGGGAUGACAGACCCUUUGUUUGUACUGUCCUCGGAUGUGGACAGAAGUUCACCAAUGAAGACCACCUGUCCGUCCACAAACACAAGCAUGAAAUGACAUUAAUAUUUGGUCCUGCCCGAACAGACUCUGUUAUUAUUGCAGACCAAACCCCAACGCCCACACGCUUCUUAAAGAACUGUGAGGAGGUUGGACUAUUCAAUGAACUGGCCAACUCUUUUGAACAGGAGUUUCAUAAAGCACACGAAGACGAUCAGAGGUCGAAGCACCAGUCUGCUUGUAAGACCGCGCCUUUACAGACACCCUCGGAUGUGAAGGACGAGGAUGACGACGCUCCUUUACAGGUUGAUUCCUCCCCACCCGGAAGUCCCGAUUCCUCCUCCUGUAUGUCGGAAAGCAGUGACGAUUCAAAGGUCAACGCAAAGGUGAUUCCCAGCAAGCCCAGCUCCACUCCCACUCCCACCAUCGUGCGUCCAGGUUCCCUCCCACUUCACCUGAGUAAUGAUUCCCUACAGCCAACUCUGCCAUCCCCAACAUCUGUCAUCACUCAAGCUCCACCCUCCAACAGACAGCUAAGCUCGCCGACUGGUUCUUAUCCAUUGGUGAGACACCUCCCUAAUGGACAGACUGUCCCUCUCCUGCCCAGUCCAGUUCAGAUGACCUCUGUUAUAUCUCAUGCGAGGCCCGUAAACUCGGUGCCCAACAUCCCGGGGAUACCAGGACCUCCUGUUGGUGGAGCAAGCAGUGGUUCCUCCUCUCCAUCAGGCUACAGCAUGUAUUCUGAGACCAAAAUGCGGUUGAAGGCAUGUCUGACUCAUCAGGGCCAAGGAACACAAGAUGGAGCUGCUGGUGGAGCAGGGUCCAUCCCUGCAGUUCCACAGCGACAUGAACAGAGCCAGCAGCCCAACCAGAACUCUGAUGCACCUUCACCUGCUCAGCCGCAGGUGUCGCCUGCUCAGCCAACAGGAGGUCGACGGCGACGGGCUUCAGAGAUGGAUCCCGAUGAGAGGAGACAGCGAUUCCUGGAGAGAAACCGAGCAGCUGCCUCGCGCUGCAGGCAGAAGAGGAAGUUGUGGGUUAAUUCCUUGGAGAAGAAGGCGGAAGAUCUGGCCAGCAUGAAUGUGUCUCUGUCGAAUGAAGUAAGCCUACUGAGGAAUGAGGUGGCUCAGCUGAAGCAGCUCCUCCUGGCUCACAAAGACUGUCCUGUCACAAUCAUGCAGAAGAAGGCGGCCUUCUUAGCUGCAGGAGGAGAGGAAACCUCCAGGGAGGCAUUGGCCGAGCCCAUGGGCUCCCCGGCAGCCGUCAUCCAACACGGGCCGUCACCUCCCACUACUGCGUCAAGCCCAGGGGCCACCAUCAACGGGCUGAGCGUCCGCGCUGCCGAGGCGGUGGCUAUGUCGGUCCUGGCUGGCAUGGGAUCCGGCCAGCCGGGAGGAGUCGUCAUGGCGCCGCAGUCGCAGGCCACUUCGAGAUGAUGUGCUGACGCAGGCAGCCAGUAUGAACUGGAGUGGCAGUUGGAGGCCAGAUUGUUAAAACGUGUAUGAAUUGAGGAAUUUGCCCUUCCUGUCACCCCUGACUAAGAUACUCUCACACCUUCAUAGCCGAUGAUAAUCAGACAAUGACCUGGCGCAGUGCCUCCAUCAGCCUUCACCACGACGGAGAAGUCUGCUCUUUCUAUGUGUGUAAAUAUGAAUAACCUGUUAGCAAGUCUGUUUGCAGGAUUCGUGUUGGGGGAAUUUCUCGCUCGCUGGUGAUAGUUGGAAAUGGUCUUAGAUUGGGGCUUAAACACCUGAAUUAAAAAAAAAUAUUUAUCUGGAAAUAUCACUUUAUUUCUGUUUUACUUAAAAUUAUAGCUUUAGGCCAAAUCUGUUGCUGACAACAGUGGUUGCUUAUCAGGCUGGCAGUUAUACUGUAAGGUAAUGUAUCUUCUGUAAUCUUUCUUGUAAGAAAAUAUUUUAUGCCCGAUUCUGGGCAUUUAUGUCAUGUAUUAGCUGACACGGUGAAAGUACCACCGGAGAGAAUGGAUGUCUAACAGCGGCUUGGGAAUCGUUUUUAAUUGUUUUGUGUUUUUCUGUUUACUCUUCAUUUUGUCUGAGAGCUUUUUCUUUUUUUUUUUUUCCGUCCCAUCGGUUUCCUUUUGUUUUAAUUGUCCAUAAAAUACACCGAGUCAGCUGAGUGUGUCACGAACCGGAUUCCACACAGUUCACGCCGCAAGUGUCUGUCUGAAUUCUGUUGUUCUGUUUACUUUUUAAAACAUUUGAAAUGGGUCCCUUCACAUUAACGGUGUUUGUAUCAAAACCCUUUGGCUGCAUGGAUUGUUCUGGGCUGGAGAAUACCACUGUUUGUUUGUGCCUCGAUACACUGUCACUGGUUAUUAACGUGUUUCUAUGUGGUGAACAGCAUUGUAUUACUGAUGCUAAAGUUUUCAUUUUAUGAUCAAUUUUUUUCUAGUCUAAGUCCAUCCGUAGUCAAUGGAAUGGUUAGCUUUAGAAGCCCCUCGACGGUAAUUGAACCUUAAUGCAUUUAUCCUGGCAUUUCAGUCUGAGGAAAGAGUAGUGCAAUAUAUUUUUCUAUUGAAUAUCAAUGUUCUUGCAUUUAGCUGAUGCAUGUGGCCCAGCCGCUGGGGGGGAGGGGGGAGGGGGGGUUUGGUCUACUUCAUUAAGAAGCUUAUGUUACAAGUUGUGUCGAUGAGUUUUCUUGGAGUGAGUGAGAUUGAUGAUGAAUGAACUCUACUGAACCAUGGGUGUCCCAGGCCUGGUUGAUUUGUAUCACUUUAACAAAAGCCGUCUUGUGUCACGUGAAGUCGACUUCAUACACAUGCAAAGGUGCUUCUUUUUGAAAUCAUGUUUUGGAAAUGUAGAUUUUAUUUUGUAUCAUAUUGUACUUUUUUUUUUUUCUCCUUUGGCGCUCUGUUUUUUUGUUUUUGUUUUUUAAUGAUGUCAUUUUUUCAGGAUUUUUAUUUCCACAUUAAUUUUGGCUUUUUUUUUCCAUGUAAUGUUGUGUUUCCUCAUUGUGCUGAAAAAAGCAAAAACUGUCUUUUAUGUGUUUAACAAAUGUUGAACCACAUGGGGAAAAAAAGUUCUUCUAAAAAAAAAUAUCUGUAAGAGUGUUUGUCAAAUACUCAGGCUUAAGAUGGGAAAGUAACGUGUGUAUAGUCUCAACUAAUGACUAAGUUGUCUCGGGCAAAUACAAUAAAUUAAUGAUAAAGAACGCGUUUCAUGACC